AUGGUCGCAGCUGCAAGGACCGUCAACAGCCUCGCCGGCGGCGUGAGCCGUCUCUCCAAACGCCUGCUUGCCUCUUACAUUAUCGAUUGGAUCCUCAUCUUAGGCACGGCCGGAGUCGGCGGCGGAUUCAGCCAAAUCGACGGCGCCCGACAUGCAUUCUCGCUACAAGACCCGAACAUCUCCUUCCCUCAUCGCGAUGACACCGUAUCGACGGGUGUUCUCGUCGUCGUCGGCCUCGUGGCGCCCGGCGUCAUUACCGCCAUCAUCUCCUUGAUCUUCGUCCCGGGCCCGACGGCACACCGGGCCACGUCCAAGGCACUGAUCUGGCGCCGAAAGAUAUGGGAAUGGAACACUGCGUGGAUGGGGCUGGGGCUGGCUCUGGCCGGAACAUUCAUGAUCACUGAAGGUCUGAAGGCUCUGACGGGCAAGCCACGGCCGUUUCUGCUGGCGAUCUGCGACCCUGACACCAGCCCCGAGGCCAUCCGCCGAUACCAAGUCGGCGGGCUGGGAACGUCGCUGGACUCGGCCGUGCCGGUCGUCGUGGACUGGCGCAUCUGUCGCAACACCGACAAGGACCGCAUGCGCAAUGCCUUCGCCAGCUGGCCGUCCGGCCAUUCGAGUUUCAGCUGGGCCGGCUUGCUCUACCUGACUCUGUUCUUCUGCGCCAAGUUCGGCGUGCAGAUCCCAUUUCUGCCCCAGACGACGACGACCUCCUACGGCCGCAGAUAUAUUUCGACAUUCGACGAAGAAGUCGAGCGCGAGGCACAUGACCAUGGCCCCCAGGGAUCCAAGACAUCGUCGUCAACGCCGUCGCCGUCCACCGUCUCUUCCCCUCAGAGCCCCGUCCCGUUGCGCAACGAGGCGGCCGCUCCUCCGAUAUAUCUUCUCAUCCUGGCGUUUGUGCCCAUUGGCGUCGCUUUCUUCGUCUCGCUCUCCCGCUGGUUUGAUUACCGACACCACGGGUUUGACAUCAUCUCAGGCUCCGUCAUCGGCAUUUUCAUGGCCUGGUUCGGCUUCCGUUGGUACCAUCUCCCCAUUCGUGGCGGGAGCGGGUGGGCAUGGGGUGCGCGGACUCGCGACCGGGCCUUCUGGCUCGGCAUCGGCCGUACCAAUUAUGUAGGAGAUGAAGGGUGGGAGUCGGCGAAACUCGCUCGUCGCCAUGACCUGGAAGCCGCUCAUCAGCAUCUCACUGGGCCCGGGCUACCUGAUCACCAUGAGGCCACAGGAUCGGCGGCCACGAAUGGGCCAGAGGUCGGAGAUGACAGGAGAUAUGCAGAUCGAGCCUGA